AUGAACUUGGAGACAACUUUUAUCAGACUGCGUGGCCUUCCCUUUGCCGCUAAAGAAGCGGAUGUUCGUGAGUUUCUGCAAGGGAUCGCAGCAGAGUCGAUAACAUUUACACUGACCCCAUCAGGACGUGCAAGUGGCGAGUGCUAUGUUGAAUUAGGUGACGUUGAUGACGUUAAAGAAGCACUCAAACUGGACAGAAACGAAAUCAGCGGACGAUAUAUUGAAGUGUUCGCGGUGCCUCAAAGUGAGUUAUCAAUGAUGAUUCACCAUGGUAUCAUUCGAAGAAAAGGUGAACCCGAAAGUAGGUACGCAAGUAAUUUUGUGGUUCGUCUCAGAGGACUUCCUUAUAGCGCUACUGUCGAUGAUAUCAAAAGUUUCUUCAAAGGGUUGGAUGUAUGUGACGUUGUAAUCGACAAGGAGCAGGGGGGUCGUCCUUCAGGGGAGGCUUUCGUUCGGUUGGCAACCAAAGAACAUGCUGAACUGGCUCUCGAAAGGAGCAGAAACAACAUGGGCACGAGAUAUAUUGAAGUAUUUCGAAGUUCGGAUGAAGAGAUGGACAAUAGUUAUUAUACGUCACGAGGAAUACCUCCACCACUGAGUGGUCCAGUUCCAUUGCGUGGUCUCAAUCUUGCUCCUGAACUUCGUUAUGGUGGCGGUUAUAUGAAUCGUUUCGGUGGAGCGCUGCUGCGGGGUGGAAUGAAUUACGUUCGACAUUCGCCGUACGACCGUCGUUAUGCACAUCAUCGAUACGAACCGAAUGAUUUCGAUGAGUUCGAUUACGAUGCUGCUGCUAAAGUUUAUAUGCGAGGAUUACCUUAUAACGUCACUGCAAUCGAUAUCGAGCAAUUUUUUAAGCCAUUGAAUUGUGUUGAAAUAAAGCUCGGUUAUAAUGACGACCGAAGAUUGUCCGGCGAUGGCAUUGUUUUAUUCUCUACGAUGGCUGAAGCACACGAUGCUCUCUCAAGAAAUAAGAAUAACAUUGGAUCGAGAUAUAUUGAGCUGUUCCCAGGUACAAGUGUACCUUAUCCAACCAAGUACACUACAUUCCGAUUGGUUGGAGGCACGGGUCCAUCAGGCCGUGGUCCCUUCGGACGUUAUACUUCAUUUGCAGAUGACGAUGACUACGUUGGAUACGGUUUCGGCGGUCAACAGUUUUAUAACGAUCAGUAUGAAGGUCGACAGUCGCGAUACAGCGCUCGUGAAUGGGGUGAGCCAGCACGUAGCGGUCCGAUGUGGUAG